AUGGCAAGUCUGGCAGCUCCUGGCCUUCGCGCUGGAAUGCUGCACGAUUUGUCAAGGCAGCUCUCUGGUUCUUUCGGUCUCCUCCGAUCCUCCUCACUUUCCAUAGCAUUGCCUACCGCGGCCAUUUCAAUACCUUCGAUACUGUCAGACAUAUGGGAGGGUAUCUUGCAGGCUGUGCCAAAGAAGAAAACAUCGCACAUGAAGAAGCGGAAACGAUUCAUGCACAACAACAAACUGAAAGAUAUUACUGCCAUCAACAAAUGUCCCGCGUGCGGCAAGCCGAAGAGGCAACAUUUCCUAUGUCCAUAUUGUGUCUCUGAAAUACGAGAAGCGUGGAAUAAGGAGAGCAAAGCCGCCACAACCACCUACAAGGGAACAUGA